AUGACAUCGUUUGAUUUCAACUUUGCUGAACCCACCGCCUCAUAUAAUAAUUCGGUUGAUACCACUAUGGAUGCACACAUUGAAAAUAUUGACUCGAUUCAAAAGUCAGAUUUUGUUGUACUCAAAGGACACCCAGUAAAAUUAAUUGAAAUUACACAUUGUAAACGAGGAAAGACUGGUCGUCCAAAGGUUUUUCUAGUUGGUAUUGAUAUAUUUACAGGCGAUCGCUACGAAGAAAUUCGUUUAGCAGCAGAUACAAUUCAAGUACCGCAUGUUAUCAAAAAAGAUUAUCUGGUAGCAGAUAUCACUAAUGAUAAUUUUCUUACUUUAUUUAAUGAGGAUCCAUACGAAUUUCAUAGUGAGAUAAAAUUAAACAAGGUUUCGGAUAUCACUGGUUCAUUGAUCGACAAGUUCAAGGAAGAUAUUGGUCAGAUAAAGGUUACGGUUCUUAAAGCACUUGGCGAAGAGCAAAUUAUAGCAUUCAAUGUGAUAGAAUAG